AACCUUAUUCAAUGGCUAAAGGGAUUCAUCAGUUCUUCCGAUAAGACGAAGAAAACUCUCGGAAUACGGAGAGAUUUAUCAUCGCAGAUCGAUUUUAAGCCCUAAUUUCAUCAGUUUCUCAAUCUAUCUUUCAGAGAAGCUCUUGAUUAUUCGGAAAAUUUGUAUACUGAUUGGAGAACAAUGAGUGAUGUGGCUGAUAAAUUGUCGUACUUUCAAGCAAUCACAGGUCUUCAAGACAUCGAUUUGUGCAAGGAGAUCCUCUCCGCUCAUGGUUGGGACCUGGAACAAGCAAUCUCAAGUUUCACAACGUCAAAUUCCGACGAUAAUAAUCCGUCCACCACUUCCUCCGUCGCCAACGUUGUCGGCACAAGUGACGAUGCGAUCGACAGAUAUGAACGAUUGGCAAUGGUCAACAACAGCGGGGCAGGUCCACCAGGUUUAGCAUGGAAAAUCAUUACGCUUCCGAUUUCUAUAAUCUCAGGUAGCCUAGGGUUAGUUUCCGGUGCAAUUGGACUUGGUUUAUGGGUGGUUGGUGGUGUUCUGUCUUAUUCAUUAGGCGUGAUCGGGCUGAAUAGUUCUCGACGUAAUGUAGAAUCCUCAUCGGCUCCUUUAGUAUCAGCCAUGGCUGCCGCAUCUGAGGCUAUGCGUUUUGUAUCGAUAUUUGAGCGUGCGUAUGGGGAUAGACAUCCGAAUUUCGUCCCCGAUAGCUUUAUGGACGCCUUACAGCGGUCGAGACGCGAGUUUAAACUGAUGUUUGUGUACUUGCACUCGCCUGAUCAUCCUGAUACGACCUCUUUCUGUGAAGAGACUUUAUGCUCCGAGGUUUUAUCUGCGUUUAUAAAUGAGAAUUUUGUUGCUUGGGGUGGGAGUAUUAGGGCAAGUGAAGGGUUUAAGAUGAGCAACAGCUUGAAGGCUUCAAGGUUUCCUUUCUGUGCUGUAGUUAUGGCAGCUACGAACCAGAGGAUUGCUUUGCUCCAGCAGGUUGAGGGGCCUAAAUCGCCUGAAGAAAUGCUUACAAUGUUACAAAGAGUUCUUGAAGAAAGUUCCCCUGUUCUUAUUGCUGCUAGACUUGAUGCUGAAGAACGAAGAAAUACCAUUCGUUUGAGGGAGGAACAAGAUGCUGCAUAUCAAGCUGCACUUGAAGCUGAUCAAGCUAGGGAGAGACAGAAAAAGGAAGAAGAAGAAAGAGUAGCAAGGGAAGUUGCUGAAGCUGAGAGGAGAGAGAAGGAAGAAGAAAAAGCACGUGAAAGAGCAGCAUGUGAAGCUGCUGAGAGAGAAGCAGAAUUGGUUAAAUUGAGGGAGGCCAAAGGUUUGGCUUUGGGGGCAGAACCGGAAAAAGGGCCAGAUGUCACACAGGUGUUGGUGAGAUUACCAAAUGGAGAGAGGAAAGGAAGGAGGUUCCAUUGUAGUGCUAAAGUACAAUGCCUAUAUGACUUUAUUGAUUCUUGUUCAGAUUCCUUAGAAAUUGGAAAUUACAGUCUUGCCACCAACUUUCCUCGUGUUCUUUAUGGCCCCGAAAAACUAUCUUUAACACUUAAAGAAGCCGGAUUACAUCCUCAAGUCAGCCUUUAUGUUGAACUCAAUUCAUAAAACUUUAAAAGUUUUUUUUUUUUAUUUUUUUAUUUUUUGGUUAAACAAGUUUGUGGCCAAAACUUGAUGUGUUAGAAUCUUUUUUGAUGAAUGAAGACCAUUUCUGUUUCGAAAACAAAGUAAUGUUUUUUUAUUAUAUUAUGUUUUGUA